AUGCUGUUUUCUAACAGACAGUGGGUUCCAUCGAGUGAGUGUCAGAACAGAAAGCUAAGGCAGAAGCAGAAAGGAUGCUGUGAUCGUCCUUUAUUGGUUUUUUUUGUUUCUUUCUUUAGUUGGGAGUGAACACAUGUGAAAUUUUACUUCCUGCUCUAGUCAAAAUUCUACAGAACUGCACUGAAGACAUCAUAUUCAACACACCCAUGGAUUCUGUGUUAUGAUUUAGAGUUCCCUUUAUUUCAGCACUUUCUUAUGCGAGGAGCUAAACAGUGACUAAAGGAGCAGGAUGAAAAGAUGGCACAAUCAGUGCUGGUACCGCCAGGACCUGACAGCUUCCGCUUCUUUACCAGGGAAUCUCUUGCUGCUAUUGAACAACGCAUUGCAGAAGAGAAAGCUAAGAGACCCAAGCAGGAACGUAAGGAUGAAGAUGAUGAAAAUGGCCCAAAGCCAAAUAGUGACUUGGAAGCAGGAAAAUCCCUUCCAUUUAUUUAUGGAGAUGUUCCUCCAGAGAUGGUGUCAGAGCCCCUGGAGGACCUGGACCCAUUCUAUAUCAAUAAGAAAACAUUUAUAGUAUUGAAUAAAGGAAAAGCAAUCUCGCGAUUCAGUGCCACUUCUGCCCUGUACAUUUUAACUCCCUUCAACCCUAUUAGAAAAUUAGCUAUUAAGAUUUUGGUACAUUCUUUAUUCAAUGUGCUUAUUAUGUGCACAAUUCUUACCAACUGUGUAUUUAUGACAAUGAGUAACCCUCCAGACUGGACAAAGAAUGUGGAGUACACCUUUACAGGAAUUUAUACAUUUGAAUCACUUAUUAAAAUACUUGCAAGAGGUUUUUGUUUAGAAGAUUUCACAUUUUUACGGGAUCCAUGGAAUUGGUUGGAUUUCACAGUCAUCACGUUUGCAUAUGUGACAGAGUUUGUGGACCUGGGCAAUGUCUCAGCGUUGAGAACGUUCAGAGUUCUCCGGGCAUUGAAAACAAUUUCAGUCAUUCCAGGCCUGAAGACCAUUGUGGGCGCCCUCAUCCAGUCGGUGAAGAAGCUCUCCGACGUCAUGAUCCUCACUGUGUUCUGUCUGAGUGUGUUUGCUCUCAUUGGGCUGCAGCUGUUCAUGGGCAACCUGAGGAAUAAAUGUUUGCAAUGGCCCCCAGACAAUUCUUCCUUUGAACUAAACAUCACUUCCUUCUUUAAUAACUCAUUGGAUGGAAAUGGUACUACAUUCAAUAGGACUGUGAGCAUGUUUAACUGGGAUGAAUACAUAGAGGAUAAAAGUCACUUUUAUUUUUUGGAAGGGCAAAAUGAUGCUCUGCUUUGUGGUAACAGCUCAGAUGCAGGCCAGUGUCCAGAAGGGUACAUCUGUGUCAAGGCCGGUCGAAAUCCCAACUAUGGCUACACAAGCUUUGACACAUUUAGCUGGGCCUUCUUGUCCUUGUUUCGUCUCAUGACUCAAGACUUCUGGGAAAACCUCUAUCAACUGACACUGCGCGCUGCUGGGAAAACAUACAUGAUAUUUUUUGUGCUAGUCAUUUUCUUGGGCUCAUUCUACCUUAUAAAUUUGAUUCUGGCUGUGGUAGCUAUGGCUUAUGAAGAGCAGAAUCAAGCUACACUGGAAGAGGCAGAACAGAAAGAGGCAGAAUUUCAGCAGAUGCUUGAACAGCUUAAAAAGCAGCAGGAAGAAGCUCAGGCAGCAGCAGCUGCAGCAUCUGCUGAAUCUAGAGAUUUCAGCGGAGCUGGUGGAAUAGGAGUUUUCUCCGAGAGCUCCUCCGUAGCAUCCAAGUUGAGCUCCAAGAGUGAAAAAGAGCUGAAAAACAGAAGAAAGAAGAAGAAGCAAAAAGAACAGUCUGGAGAAGAAGAGAAGGAAGAGGUAGUCCGAAAAUCAGAAUCUGAAGACAGCAUAAGAAGAAAAGGAUUCCGGUUUUCCUUAGAAGGAAGCAGAUUGACCUAUGAGAAGAGAUUUUCUUCUCCACACCAGUCUUUAUUGAGCAUUCGAGGCUCCCUUUUCUCUCCAAGACGCAACAGUAGAGCGAGCCUUUUCAGCUUCAGAGGUCGAACCAAGGACAUUGGUUCUGAGAACGACUUUGCCGAUGAUGAGCACAGCACCUUUGAGGACAAUGACAGUCGAAGAGACUCGCUAUUUGUGCCGCACAAACAUGGCGAACGGCGGCACAGCAACGUGAGCCAGGCCAGCCGAGCUUCCAGGGUCCUUCCCAUUCUGCCCAUGAACGGGAAGAUGCACAGCGCCGUGGACUGCAAUGGAGUGGUCUCCCUUGUCGGGGGUCCCUCUGCACUCACUUCUCCUGUUGGGCAGCUCCUGCCAGAGGGUACAACUACUGAAACGGAGUUAAGAAAGAGACGAUCUAGUUCUUACCAUGUUUCCAUGGAUUUGCUGGAAGACCCGACAUCAAGGCAAAGAGCAAUGAGUAUAGCCAGCAUUUUGACAAACACCAUGGAAGAACUUGAAGAAUCCAGACAGAAAUGCCCACCUUGCUGGUACAAGUUUGCUAACAUGUGCUUAAUCUGGGACUGCUGUAAACCAUGGUUGAAAGUGAAGCAUAUCGUCAACCUGGUUGUGAUGGACCCAUUUGUGGACCUGGCCAUCACCAUCUGCAUUGUCUUGAAUACACUCUUCAUGGCCAUGGAGCACUACCCAAUGACGGAGCACUUUAGCAAUGUGCUGUCUGUUGGAAAUCUGGUCUUCACUGGGAUCUUCACAGCAGAAAUGGUCCUCAAGAUCAUUGCUAUGGAUCCAUAUUAUUACUUUCAAGAAGGCUGGAACAUAUUUGAUGGCUUUAUUGUGAGCCUUAGCUUAAUGGAACUUGGCUUGGCAAAUGUGGAAGGAUUAUCAGUUCUGCGAUCAUUCCGGCUGCUUAGAGUCUUCAAAUUGGCAAAAUCGUGGCCCACGCUGAACAUGCUAAUAAAGAUCAUCGGCAACUCCGUGGGGGCGCUGGGAAACCUCACCUUGGUGUUGGCCAUCAUCGUCUUCAUCUUUGCUGUGGUCGGCAUGCAGCUCUUCGGUAAGAGCUACAAAGAAUGCGUCUGCAAGAUUGCCAAUGAUUGUAAACUCCCUCGCUGGCACAUGAACGACUUCUUCCACUCCUUCCUCAUCGUGUUCCGCGUGCUGUGUGGAGAGUGGAUAGAAACCAUGUGGGACUGCAUGGAGGUGGCUGGCCAGACCAUGUGCCUUACCGUCUUCAUGAUGGUCAUGGUGAUUGGAAACCUCGUGGUUCUCAACCUCUUUCUAGCCUUGCUGCUGAGUUCCUUCAGUUCUGACAACCUUGCUGCCACUGAUGAUGAUAAUGAAAUGAAUAACCUCCAGAUUGCUGUGGGAAGGAUGCAGAAAGGAAUUGAUUUUGUGAAGAGAAAAAUACGUGAAUUUAUUCAGAAGGCAUUUGUGAGAAAGCAGAAAGCAUUAGAUGAGAUUAAACCUCUUGAGGAUCUAAAUAACAAAAAAGACAGUUGUAUUUCCAACCACACUACCAUAGAAAUAAGCAAAGACCUCAACUGUCUCAAAGAUGGAAAUGGAACCACCAGCGGCAUAGGCAGCAGUGUAGAAAAGUAUGUUGUUGAUGAAAGUGACUACAUGUCGUUCAUAAACAACCCCAGCCUCACGGUGACGGUGCCCAUUGCUGUAGGAGAGUCUGACUUUGAAAAUUUAAACACCGAAGAGUUCAGCAGUGAGUCAGAUAUGGAGGAAAGCAAAGAGAAACUAAAUGCAACUAGUUCAUCUGAAGGCAGCACAGUUGAUAUAGGGGCUCCCGCUGAGGGAGAGCAACCUGAGGUUGAACCAGAAGAAUCUCUCGAACCUGAGGCCUGUUUUACAGAAGACUGUGUACGGAAGUUCAAGUGCUGUCAGAUAAGCAUAGAAGAAGGCAAAGGGAAGCUCUGGUGGAAUCUGAGGAAAACGUGCUACAAGAUAGUAGAGCACAAUUGGUUUGAAACUUUCAUUGUCUUCAUGAUUCUGCUCAGUAGUGGAGCUCUGGCCUUUGAAGAUAUUUAUAUUGAACAGCGCAAAACCAUCAAGACCAUGUUAGAAUAUGCCGACAAAGUUUUCACUUAUAUCUUCAUCUUGGAAAUGCUUCUAAAGUGGGUUGCAUAUGGUUUUCAAAUGUAUUUUACAAAUGCCUGGUGCUGGCUGGAUUUCCUAAUUGUGGAUGUUUCAUUGGUCAGCUUAACUGCAAAUGCCUUGGGCUACUCAGAACUUGGUGCCAUCAAAUCGCUCAGGACACUAAGAGCGCUGAGACCACUGAGAGCUUUAUCCCGGUUUGAAGGAAUGAGGGUGGUUGUAAACGCUCUUUUGGGAGCCAUUCCAUCCAUAAUGAAUGUCCUUCUGGUCUGCCUGAUCUUUUGGCUAAUAUUCAGUAUCAUGGGAGUGAAUCUCUUUGCUGGCAAGUUUUAUCAUUGCAUUAAUUAUACCACUGGAGAGAUGUUUGAUGUAAGUGUGGUCAACAACUACAGUGAAUGUAAAGCACUCAUAGACAGCAAUCAAACUGCCAGGUGGAAAAACGUCAAAGUAAACUUUGAUAACGUUGGACUUGGAUAUCUUUCUCUGCUUCAAGUAGCCACUUUUAAGGGAUGGAUGGAUAUUAUGUAUGCAGCUGUUGACUCUCGAAAUGUAGAAUUACAACCCAAAUAUGAAGACAAUUUGUACAUGUAUCUUUAUUUUGUCAUCUUUAUUAUUUUUGGUUCAUUCUUUACUUUGAAUCUUUUUAUUGGUGUCAUCAUAGAUAACUUCAACCAACAAAAAAAGAAGUUUGGAGGUCAAGACAUUUUUAUGACAGAAGAACAGAAGAAAUACUACAAUGCAAUGAAAAAACUGGGUUCAAAAAAACCACAAAAACCCAUUCCUCGGCCUGCUAACAAAUUCCAAGGAAUGGUCUUUGAUUUUGUAACCAAACAAGUCUUCGAUAUCAGCAUCAUGAUCCUCAUCUGCCUCAACAUGGUCACCAUGAUGGUGGAGACAGAUGACCAGAGUCAAGAAAUGACCAACAUCCUAUACUGGAUUAACCUGGUAUUCAUUGUUCUGUUCACUGGAGAGUGUGUGUUGAAACUCAUAUCCCUGCGGUAUUAUUACUUCACCAUCGGAUGGAAUAUUUUUGAUUUUGUGGUGGUCAUUCUCUCCAUUAUGGGGAAUGUCUUACUGACAUUGAUAGCAGAAUGGUUCUUUCAGAUGCUGAGGACCUCUAUGGGAGGGAAGGAGGGGAGAGCCUGUGAUGAUGAUGUAUUUGUGUCAACAGGACUCCCACAGGAGGUCUAUGCCAAACUGACUGUUUUUACAAAUGUAUACUUAAGGUCAGUGCCUAUAACAAGACAGGGACCCCUGGUCAGAAACUGGAACUCAAGAAACCAGAGAAGCAGCACCAGUAGGAGGUUUCUGUUUGCGGAACCAGCUGAAGCUGCUGGAGAGCAGAGAGGAGUGGCUACUCAGAAUACAGGAGCCAGUGGAAAGGCGGGGGAGGGAAGUUAA